UCCUGAGUCUCUACUGAGUCUCUCCUGAGUCUCUACUGAGUCUCUCCUGAGUCUCUCCUGAGUCUCUCCUGAGUCUCUCCUGAGUCUCUCCUGAGUCCUGGGUCCUGACCGAGCCCUGGGUGAGUCCUGAGUCUGUCGUCCAAUCGGAGGCUGGAGCCUCACUUUAGAGUCUCAUCUCAACGCCCAGAGACCGGAGCACAUGGAGACCGGGGGUCCCAGCCGGGGGCCCAGCCGGGGGCCAGGGGCCCUCUCUGCAGCGGACUUGGACUCCAGUACGGACUCGGAGGGUGAGGAGCGGGUGAGGCGGCGGGAGGAGCGGGAGGAGCGGGAGGAGGAGGAGACGCGGGCCGUGGCCUCGUCCCCCGACGGCCGCUACCUCAAGUUCUGCGUGGAGCUGGGCCGCGGCUCCUUCAAGACCGUGAGCCGCGGCCUGGACACCGUCACCACCAUGGAGGUGGCCUGGUGCGAGCUGCAGACGAGCCGUCUGUCCACAGAGGAGCGCCAUCGUUUCCAGGAGGAGGUCCAGAUGUUGAAGGGUCUGCAGCAUCCCAACAUCGUUCGUUUCUACGACUCCUGGAAGUGCAACGUCCAGGGUCACAAGGUCCUGAUCCUGGUCACGGAGCUGAUGACCUCCGGGACACUCAAAACGUACCUGAAGAGGUUCAAGGAGAUGAAGAUGAAGCUGCUCCAGCGCUGGAGCCUGCAGAUCCUGAGGGGCUUGGCCUUCCUCCACUCCCGCUCGCCGCCCAUCCUGCACCGCGACCUCAAGUGUGACAACGUCUUCAUCACCGGCCCGACCGGCUCCGUGAAGAUAGGAGACCUGGGCCUGGCCACGCUGAAGAACGCCCCGUACGCUAAGAGCGUCAUAGGGACCCCAGAGUUCAUGGCCCCAGAGAUGUACGAGGAGCGCUACGACGAGGCGGUGGACGUGUACGCCUUCGGGAUGUGCCUCCUGGAGAUGAGCACCUCCGAGUACCCCUACGCAGAGUGUCACAGCGCCGGACACAUCUACCGCAAGGUCACCAGCGGCAUUAAGCCAGACAGUUUCUUCAAAGUAAAAGACCCCGAGCUGAAGGAGAUCAUAGAGGGCUGCAUCCAAACCAACAGCAGCGAACGCUACACCAUCCAGGACCUGCUAGAUCUCUGGUUCUUCCAGGACCCCGGUGGACCCCGAGACCCCGGUGGGGUCCGGGCGGAGGACCCCGGCGGGUUCCGGGUGGAGGAGCCCGUAGGAGUCCGGGUGGAGCUGGCGUCCGCAGAAGACGACCAGAGCUCCGCCCUCAAACUGUGGCUCCGCAUGGCCGGGCUGCAGGGCCGUUACCGCGGCAACACGGCCAUCGAGUUCCUCUUCCAACUCCACAAGGACGUCCCGGAGGAGGUGGCCCAGGAGAUGGUGGUGCUUGGCUUCGUUUGCGAGGCUGAUUAUAAGCCUGUUGCCAAGGCGAUCAGGGAGCGGGUCACCGUCAUCAAGCGGCAGCGAGAGCAGCAACUGGCGCAGGAAGUCCUCCCAAGCAGGCAGGAAGCUGUCAGCAACGAGCUUGUCGACAUCUCGGAGCCACCAACCACAACCACUCAGAUGUCUAAUCCUGAUUUCAGUCCCGCCCCCUCUCCAGAUUCCACCUAUCAGGCCUAUCAUUCCUGGAUGCCUCCACCUACAUCCACCCCUCCCUUGACACCUCCACCUACAUCCACCCCUCCCUGGGAAUCCCGCCCCCUCCCUCCCUGGGUACCUCCAUCCACCCCACCCUGGGAAUCCCGCCCCCUCCCUCCCUGGGUACCUCCAUCCACCCCUCCCUGGGUACCCCCACCUAAAACAAUCCCUCCAUGGGUACCUCCACCUAAAACUACCCCUCCUUGGGUACCUCCAGCUGAAUCUAACCCUCCCCGAUUACCCCCCCCUGCAUCCCCCCCAUCCCCACCUAAAACUCCUCCUCCUUGGGUACCUCCAACUACAUCCAUCCCUCCUCCACCUGAAGCAAAUCCUCCAUGGGUACCCCCACCUACAUCUUACCCUUUCCCAUCAAAAACUACCCCACCUUGGGUACCUCCACCCGAAACUACCCCACCUUGGGUACCUCCACCUAAAACUACCCCACCCUGGGUACCUCCACCUAAAACUACCCCACCUUGGGUACCUCCACCUAAAACUACCCCACCUUGGGUACCUCCUUCUAAAACUACCCCACCUUGGGUACCUCCUUCUAAAACUACCCCACCUUGGGUACCUCCUUCUAAAACUACCCCACCUUGGGUACCUCCACCUAUAACUACCCCACCUUGGGUACCUCCAACUAAACCUACCCCACCUUGGGUACCUCCACCUAUAACUACCCCACCUUGGGUACCUCCACCCGAAACUACCCCACCCUGGGUACCUCCACCUAUAAUUACCCCACCCUGGGUACCUCCAACUAAAACUACCCCACCUUGGAUACCCCCACCUACAUCCACCCCUCCCUGGGUAACUCCACCUAAAGCUACCCCUCCUUGGAUACCCCCACCUACAACUACCCCAACCUGGGUAUCACCACCUUCAUCCACCCUUACCCCACCUAAAACUACCCCACCCUGGGUACCUCCACCUAAAACCACCCCCCCCUGGGUUCCUCCACCUUCACCUCACUGGGAACGGCGUGGCUCGGUGGAAAGCCCCUCCUCCCUGAUGGGAACCGUGGCGACGCAGCGAGGAGAGGCCCCGCCCACUUCCAACUCUCCACCAAUCCCUUCACUCCGUUAUCCUGUGCGCAUCGAAGUAUCCCAGAACACACAAUCUGAAAUGACUAGCAGUUUCACUUCUCCUGUAGACAGUUAUGCCUCUGAUGUCACUUCUGGUCUGAGUGAUGGGAACGACAACCUAUCUGAGGAGAGCUAUAAGAGUCUAUCAAACCGUCCCGUUCACAAGAUCCUCCGGAGAAGAACCAAGUCCCGCCUCCGAAUCACGAGGCUGUCGGACAGGCCGGACCGUGUGGUGGAGUGUGAGCUUCAGACUCACAACAACAAGAUGGUGACCUUUAGGUUUGACCUGGACGGAGACAACCCUGAACAAAUCGCCGCUGUCAUGGUGCACAGCAACUAUAUUCUGGCUUCUGAAAAGGCCGGGUUUCUCCAGCACAUGCAUGACAUCGUCAAGAGGGCGGAGUCAGUGAUGAGGCAGCCAAUCCUAUCGUCUAAUACUGAGAUGCUGCCUUACCCUGGACCACAGUCCAACCUGGCAAAUAUCACUCCAACCUCUUCAUCAUCGUCAUCGUCUCUACCAGGUAGACAGACUCAGACAGGGAGCAGCCCCCAGCCCCUCCUCUCUCUGGUGGACGUUCUGUCGUUGGCGAUCACCGUGGUCAGCUGCCUGCCCCCCCCGCUCUCCCCCUCCCCCCUGCCCACCCCCCCCUCCUCUUCCUCCUUCCCCUUCCUUCCUCCUUUAGGCAAGUUGGCUCCUCCCCCUGCUGAGUCCACUCUCCAGAAAACACCUACAGUAACUGUAGGUCGUUUCCAGGUGUCUAGUAGUACAGAACCUGUCUGCCACCCUCCAACGCCAACCUGUCGCUCUCCGCCCCCCUCUCACAUGAGCCAAUCAGAGACAAGCUCAGAGGAGGAGAGCAUCUCUCAGCCCCACAGACUUGGUCACCAUGACAACCGUGAUGGACGCUUAGAGAGAGUGGAGUGGAAAGAGGAGGAGUCGAGGAGAGGAGCUAGGCGCUGGUUGGAGGGGCCAGCAGGCAACCUCAACCAUCUGCGUAUCAGUCACUCCAGUGCCAGUUCCGACGAAUCAGAGGCCGAGGAUGGGACCUUGUGGGAGGGGCUCCAGGAUCUCCGCGAAAGACACCUGCAGGAGGUGCACUCGCUGCUGGCCAAUCAGAAGAGAGAGAUUGAGGAGAUGUACAGGAAGUUGGGUAAAGCCCCGCCCCCUGGCCUGGUAGUGCCAGCCGCCAUGUUGUGCAACCGACAGCGACGGAUUUCCAGGACUGGAACCUCCCCCAUCCUCAGACACAACCCUUCAGGCAUCAUGCGUAAGACAUCCGUCAGUGGGAGCAGCAGUGGAUCUCUGGAGAGGUCGCAGAAGGGCGUGACCUUUGCCUCUGAGUACAGCAUCAUGGUGAGACAAUCGAUUCACAGUGGAUGAGGGUUAGCAUCUUCUGUUAUCUGUAGCGUUGACGUGCUGUUUAACAUAGCAUUAGCAUUUACGACCUGUAGCGUUAGCAUGUUGUUCUACCUAGCGAUAGCAUAAUGUGUUAUCUGUAGAAUUAGCAUGUUGUUCUAUCUUGCGGUAGCAUGGUGUUACCUGUAGCGUUAGCAUGUUGUUCUACCUAGCGUUAGUAUAAUGUGUUAUCUGUAGCGUUAGCAUGUUGUUCUACCUAGCGGUAGCAUGGUGUUAUCUGUAGCAUUAGCAUUUUGUUCUACCUAGUGUAAGUAUAAUGUGUUACCUGUAGCGUUAGCAUGUUGUCACCUGUAGCGAUAGCAUGUUGUUCUACCUAGCGGUAGUAUGGUGUUACCUGUAGUGUUAGCAUUUUGUUCUACCUAGCAUUAGCAUGUUGUUACCUGUAGCGUUAGCAGGUUGUUUUACCUAGCGUUAGCAUGGUGUUAACUGUAGCGUUAGCACGUGGUUCUACCUAGUGUUAGCAUGGUUUUACCUGUAGCAUUAGGAUGUUGUUCUACCUAGCAUUAGCAUGUUGUUACCUGUGGCGUUAGCAUGUUGUUUUACCUAGCGUUAGCAUGUUGUUACCUGUAGCUUUAGCAUUUUGUUCUACCUAGCGAUAGCAUAAUGUGUUAUCUGUAGCGUUAGCAUGUUGUUCUACCUAGCGGUAGCGUAAUAUUUUACCUGUAGCGUUAGCAUGUUGUUUUACCUAGCGAUAGCAUGUGUUGCCCCUCAUGUUAGCAUGUUGUUCUACCCAGCAGUAGCUUAAUAUUUUAACUUUAACAUUAGCAUUUUGUUUUACCUGUCUUUAUAUCUCCUGACAUUUCCCCCCUCUUCCGGCCUUUCCU